UCAUUUGUUCGCUUAACAUUAAUUUAUGUACAUUUGAACAAAUUCGCAGACGUGCUUAGACAAACAUACGCAGGCCCAGACUGAAACAACUUCUGCCGCAGGGAUAAAUAGCUAUGUAUGCCUCGAGCGAUCUGCGCAGCUAUCGGAAGUCUCGACGGAAGUUUGCUUUGAAGACAUAUAUUCUGCUAUGCGUCUGGUUUUCUUUGGCCCUUAUCCAGUGGACAGUUUUUUGCCUUUUAAAAGAGUUGCGCUGGAUAUUCCAGGACCUUAAUUACAUCAGCUUUGCGACUUUUGCCCUGUCCGUUAGCGCUUUUAUGAUGUUUAUUUUCGUUGAGAAGCUUCGUUUUACGAUGUGCUUGAACUUCUUUAUGGCAUUUUUAAUCGUGGAGCUUCAGAUCGUCUCCUUGUUUACUUUGAUCACUCGCAGUUGGUGGGCGGAAAUGCUGUCCUUCUUUUUUCUGUGCGUUCUUCUGAUUGGGUUAUUCCUAGUUAUAGGAGCAAUUCUUCCUAAGAAAAUGGAUCUCACUCUGGAUAUAGCAGUUUUGUUUAUAUUUGCAUUCAUAUUUCUGAUUGUCGCAGUCUUCUUCCUAAUGUUCCUGCUGAUAAUAUGGAGAACACUCCCAUAUAGCUUCUUGAUUGUGGAGUUGUCCAUUACCAUCACAAUACUAGUUUUUGUUAUGUACCAUGCUCAGACUAUUCAUGGAAACCGUUUUGCCGAAAUGCGUUUAAAUGAUUUUAUUCUUGGAUCUUUGAUACUGUUCCAUGACUUUCUCAUAAUUUACUGGUUGACAUUCUAUAAUCAAAUCCACUAUAGGCCCAUCACCACAGAUAAAUACAUAGCCAGCAGCUUAAUUGUUCCAAUUUCUGAAAUUUCAGUAAGACCCUUCAACUUAAAUGUUCACAAUGAUGACGACCACUUUUAUGAUAAAGCUUAUAAGACUUAUCAAUAUAGACACGAUAAUAAAGAUCACUCAAAUAAAGAUUAUACUGAUCAAAGUUGGGAAUAUCAAGAUAGAGAAAAUGACAAGUCUCGAAAAAAAGGUUCCGGCAGUGCCAGAGGUAGGGGUGACUACACCGCUUGGCAUCGAAAUCGAGAAAAUCGGUCGGAGCAAUUGGAGGGUGUAACUGUCCAGCCAACACAUAGAGGAAGAUACAUGAACUCGAACAACAAAGGAGGAGGAAAUAUAAAUAUGGAUUUAGGUAGAGAUUCAAAAAGAAGCUCGAUUGAGUGUGGACAUGCGGGGAAAAAUUGGGGUAGAGUCGAAAGACUCUCGAAUGUUUCGGGUGGGGGACAUUAUCCGAAAGCAUAAAAAAACCCCUACUCCACAGGAUACCUCUUCUUUAAGAAACAAAAAUGUACAAAAUAAAGACACGUACCUGAAGCAAACAAGUUAUGGUCGGGGUGGCUAUCAAAAUGUACCAAAGAGUGAUGAUUCCGAUGAUGAUUGUGAUGAGCGGCAUUUUCGCAGUAAACUUAGAGGCGGAAGUAAUGUCGAAGAUGCACUUAAAGCUCCUGCUGGUCUAUCCAAUCAUGAUCAUUAAUCAUGUUAUAGUGACACCAGUGAAGAAAAGAAAAGGCGCACAGAACCAUUAAAAGAUAGUGUGGGUCAGUGUCAGACAUAUGUAUACAUUCCCAUAUUUUAAUUCUUCCAACCUUAAAAAGUAACUAAUAAAAAUAAAAAAGCACGGUGA